GGUAUAUAGAUAAUUACAAACCGUGUGGUUCGAUCCCUUUAUGCUGAUUGGCUGAAAGCCGUGCUAUAUAUUGAAAUGUUCCACAAAGAGGGCCCAACUAUCUUUAAAUCAAUGUUAUUCACUCACUACAACCUGCCUGACACUACAAUUAAAUGAUGUUGCCUAUAUAAAGACAGUGGUUUAUGUUUGACAGAUUUAUCCUAAGGGUAUGAAUACAUAUUAAAGGUAAUACAACUGAUACAGAAUUGUGUUUUUCCUUUUGUUUUCUUUGAUUGAUUCAACAAUGGAGAGAGAGAGAAGCAGAAAAUGAGAGUCGGGAGGGAGUAGGAGAGAAGGCAGAUGCCAUAGGAGAGGAGGACUUACUGGUUCCUAUCUGCUGGGCAUUAGAGCUCUUCACUGGGUGCAUAUCAACUGAUGAGAAUCCAUAGAACCCGGCAGACAGGAUUUUACAACCUGCGGAGACACACAAGGGAACUACACGCCCGGGGAGAACGUAGAACCGACAGAACCGAGGGGAGGAACCGAGAGGGAGCCGGAGCCUGGUGCUGAAGCUGGUAUGAGAGAAGUUAAGGGAGAGGGCUGUUGAGGUGUCUGGGUGUGAUUGGGCACCCUCUAGUGAACAUUACUACUACUACUACUGCAACCACCAAGCUGAGGAAUCAGAUAUUUUCUGUCUUGGCUACUUUUCGCCCAUUGAGCAAUUCAAGAGGCCUCUGGUUCAGGGUUAAAUAGACACCAUGUGGUGUUUGGAGCUGCUUCUGCCGCUGUUGCUAAUCAUCAAAGAUGUCAGUGGCCAGUGGAACGUAUGGAUACCCAGGGACAUCUCGGCCAUGACCAACUCCUGCGUGGUCAUCCCCUGCACAUUCAUGUACCCGUCCGGUAUCCGUCUGCACUACGGCAUCCACGGAAUCUGGUACUUUGGCCAGCCCUACCCCCAGCUCUUCCCACCUGUGGUGUUCAAGACGCGCACAGAAAUCGUACAUGAAAGUUACCAAGGGCGUACCAAGCUCAUCGGGGACCUGCACCAGAGGAACUGCACUCUGCUCAUCAGUAAUAUUGGUACAGAGCACUCAGGGAGGUACUACUUCCGUGCCGACCUGGGCGGUGCCAACAUCUACACCUACCCAGACUUCUCUGAGCUCAAGGUGCUGGACCAGCCGAACAUUGACAUCCCUGAGGAGAUAGUCGCUGACGAGAAUCUGGAGUUGACCUGCUAUGCUCCAGACAACUGUCCAGAGAAUAGCCCAGAGAUCCAAUGGAUGUACACAGACUACCUGCCUGAACCUGAGUAUACCUCAGACUACGUGGCAGAGAGCAACACAGCCGUGCUGUCAAGCACGCUCACCUUCACCCCCAGGCCCAUGCACAACGGUCAGCUGCUGGGCUGCAGGGUCUCCUACCCCAACACCACCCUGGUCUACGAGAGACUCAUCUCUCUGGACGUCAAGUAUGCCCCUCGCUCGGUGUGGGUGAACGUGUCCGCGGAGGUGAUGGAGGGCAGCUCGGUAACGCUGCACUGCGAGGUGGACAGUAACCCUCCUCCCAGGAUAUCCUGGCUAUUUGGGGACGAGCAGCUGCUGUGGGACACAGCCUCCAAUGCCUCGCUCUCCCUGGAGGACUUAACCCCCUCUCAGGAGGGUAUCUACACCUGUGUGGGGGAUAACGGCUACGGCGUCAUGAACACAUCCAUGUACCUGGCUGUCUUGUACCCUCCCAGUGAGCCAGUGGUAAAUGGCUCCCUGACCAUUUUGGAAGGUUCCUCCAUCUCCCUGCAAUGUAGCACACAAGGCAAUCCCACGCCCACCCUCACCUGGCUGAAGGACGGGGAGCUGGUGGGCGCCAUCACGGCCGCGGAGGUGUCUGUGCUGGAGCUUCUGAAGCUCAACCCUCAGGGAGACGGACAGUACCGCUGCCUGGCAGAGAACGAACACGGACGAGCCAGCAGCUCCCUCAACAUCACUGUGGAAUACGCCCCAGUCCUUCUGGACGAGUCCAAGUGCACAGUGGUGAGGGAGGGAGUCCAGUGUGUUUGCAUGGCUACGGGUAAUCCUGAGCCCAUCAUCGAGUUCUACCUCCCCAACAAGAACAUCACCGUCAACGACACGGACGGCCGCUACAACUACUACACGCACACGGACGGCCACACGUCCACGGGCAUGAUCAAACUACGGGAGAAGGGCGAGCGCCUGGGCAACGGUGCUGUCAAUGUGCACUGCAGCAUUAGCAACAUGUACGGGUCGGAGAGCUUUCAUCUGGAGCUACAGCAGGAGAAGAAGUACAUGAUGGCAGUGAUCGUUGGCACCAUCGGUGGAGUGGCUGUCAUCGCCUUCAUCAUCGCAGCAGUGAGAUAUGUGGGCCAUAACAACAAGAAAGAGAAGACGGGGAUUAUCAACCUGUGGGCUCUAUGGCAGAACUGGAGAGGCAAGAGCUGAACUAUGCCGCCCUGGAGUUUCUGGGGGGGCGCUCCAGGGAUGGGGGGGCCUCAGGGAGGGGGGAUGACGGCAGCGACUACACCGAGAUCAAGGCCAAAUGAAUCGCGAUCCUUCCCUGACCCAUCGUCACCGCGGGACACAGUGGCAGCAAUGUUGUCGCCCCCUUCCUCACGUCAUUCACCCCCUCUUCAAACGUCUUCCCCCCUCCCCCGUGGACACCAUCACCACCCUUCACCAUCACACCGAGAUCCCCCAUCGUCUCCCCCCGUCCCUGACUCAUCUCAAAUGAUGUCCCCGUUAGUUGACCCCCAAGCCUCCAGGGGGAGCCCCAGUGACAUCUCGCCACCCAGGACUGCUGGUAGCUACUUGCAAGGUCGGAACACGGCCCAGUGGACAAUGUAAAAAGAUCUUUGUAUUAUCAGCAGCUGUCGGUCUCCCAGCUCUUACCCUACUGGUCAUAGUCAGAAAAUGUCCUCAUAACAGGUACAAUGUGUUAGUUACUGUACUGUAUCAUCUAGAUUCAAUGUUGCUAUUCCCAUCUCUAUACCAUUAAUUGUUGGCAUUGCUAUCAAGCUUGGGACACAGUAACACAUUUUCUGGGGCUCCCCUUCUGUAUGUCACCCUAUAUCAUACUUAUAGCUAGCCUGGUUAAACCAGAUUGAACGCUGCGCUCACCAGUUUUCCUGUGAAAGGCAACGCAUUCAGCUUGGAUACCAGGCUAACUAUCUAGAUCUGUCCAUUAUAGUCCUUCUCCACUGUGUCCGCUGCCAGUCGAAGUGUCCGGGAAAGGGGUGUAUUUUGUGCUUUUUAUUUUCUUAUCUCUAUUUCUGACCCUGGAUCUGGAGGAAAUGAAGGAUCUCUUCUCUCUUCCUGAUCCAGUGGUUGUCAACACUGACCAGUGUUCAACAAACAUCAAGCCUGAUACAUAUCCAACUGAAGCCAGUCGUCUUCAUCUCACAUAUUCUGAUCCCACAUAUAGUUCAAUAGUGAUGUGUGCUGUGACUCAGUGGCUUUUGAUGAUGAUGAGAAAUGAAUAUUUAUUUGAUUUUAUAUAAAGAGAGAAGAUGGAUACUCUUAGAGGUUUGUCCAGCCUUGAACACAAGGUUCUGUUCGUCCAAGAAGUGGGCAGAUUUUUUAGUUCUGAUGCAUUAUAAGCACUGGUUGAGUUGUGGUUUGCUCUUCGGGAACUGUGCCGGGCUAACACAGAAUGUUCUGUUUAUGCCGUUGCCCAUGAUUUAAUUAUAGUAUUUUUGGACGAUUUCUCUGUUUUGCUAAGGAUAAGUGUUAACUUACAGGAACCAAUGGGUUAGAAUACAUUUUUGGAUCAAUCUGGCAUACAUGAAUCCACUGUAGCACUUGCACAGCAGGCCAAAAUGUAUCUCGUUGAGACAAUGUGUGUGUGUGUGUGUGUGUGCAAACAGUGCUGAAAGAUCAGCGAACACUGAUCACUGUGGCUGUUUCAAAGUAUCACUUUACCGGAGACCGCUUCUCCCAAAAUGUCUUCUUCAAUGGUUGUGAAUUGUGAAAUCGAAGCCUAAUCCUAUAAGGUUGUAUCAGAUGAGGUGUUUGAGUGGCACAACAUUAAAGCUGAUAUACCAGUUGGUUGUGCUGUUCAAAUAUACGCGAUCAACUCAUGUAAUGUAAUCCCCAAGCUCACUAAUGGCAUCACUUGAUAACAAUGACUGUUAAUACAAUAUUAAUAAGCUGCAUAUGGAUGGGUAAAAAGAUACCAGUAUACAUUAUGUAAAUAAAUACCCUGCAUGACUAUUAUGCUGUCAGCCAUAUGUGUAAAAAUACUAUGGUAUGUACAGUACAUGCUCAGUAUUACAACAAUGAUUUACACAGGCAAGUCGGAUACAGGUUUGGUAACACUUUAACUGACUUCUCUGUCAUAAGGGUGACAUAACGCUGUCAUAACAUAUCACAUGUCAUUUUCGGUCGUGAAAACCGAUGUCAAAAUACUGACAACCCUUUACACUGUCAUGACACAAAUGGAUAUUUAUGUAAAUUAGUUGGCUAGCUGUAUCCUAAGCCAAUAAGCUGACUGAAGCAAAGAUUUGUGCCAUGACAGUGUCAAGUCAUCUGUCAAGCUUAUGUCAGCUGUCAUGACUGUUAACAACAUAUUUUAUGUAAUUGUUCUGACAUGGUUUAGUCACUAGAAGUAAUGUCAGAGUGCUCAAGAUGUGUUACCCAAUGUUGAGACAUGCCAAUAUGGACAUCAGUUUAGUAACACUUACUGUCGUCAGUUUUCUUGAACGCCUCAUGGGGGGUUAAGUUCUUUCUAAACCUGGAAACAAAAUGGAGAAGCGCUGUUCAUGUCUUAUCUAAUUUGUUUGUCACAUAGUGUGUUGGAAAGCAGAUUUGUACUUUCUUUACUUUGUGGUAUUCAUUAUUGUUAUUGUGAUGAUUCUUUUUUUUAUAUAUCUUUGACACAAUAAUUCCGAUCAGAAUUCUGCAAUCCUUCUGCAAAUUACCACACUUUUCACUUAAUGACAAUAUGAGCUCUAUGAUGAUGUUUGAUCACUCUCUUUAUUUUACAAGUCUGUCCCGCCUCAAGCAAAGCCAUCUUUCUUUGGUUCCAAACAACAAAUAAAUCAAGUAAACAACAGAAAA